AUGGCACAAUUGCCCACGCGGUUCCCAUGUUGGUGCAGAGCGAUCUAUUCCUGGGGUGGAGAAUCAACCAAAGAUCUGGGAUUUGUUGAGGGUGAUUUGAUUGAAUGCUUGAAUGCGGGUGACGGACAAUGGUGGAUGGGUCGAUUGCGCCGAGAUAGGCGUGCGGUGGGACUGUUCCCAUCCAACUUUGUCGAGCUGUUGAGUGAGGAUUUCGUGCCUGUGAGCCGUGAUACGAGUCCUAUGGUUUUAGCAGGAUCUUCGCCGAUCAACAACCCCACCUGCGCCCGCAAUCCCACAAACACCACCUCGAGAUGGGAGUGUUCCGAGGAGCACAAAGCCAUUGCGCACACACGCUUCAGCUGUAAAGAAUCAAGGCUCGGUCUCCCGGCCCUCUUCUGUGUCAUCCAGACCGUCAUCUCGUGGCGUUUCCCCCGUGCAUCGGCAGAGCCAGAAAGGUCACCCUCUGCAAUUCUACCCAGAGGAAGCAUUUCAUCUUCGCGACAUUCGUCUCGCGAGCCGUCUCCAUAUCAGGCACAGCCACCUACCAUGAUACCAAGAGGCAGCGUUUCAUCUUAUAAGACUAUGUCGCGCGAGCCAUCUCCCAUGAUUGCGCAAGACCACUCAGCUGCAAUCGUUCCGCGCGGUAGUGUGUCAUCAUACCGGGCUUCAUCUCGCGAGCCAUCGCCGUUGCAAAUGCAGGAGUAUCCACCGCCGAGUGCUUCACAAGGAGGCGUUUCUUACAGAGGUUCGUCGCGUGAACCAUCACCACUGCACAUGCAGGAGUACCCUCCCGCGAGUGUCUCAUACGUAGGGUCACAAGCAUAUCAACUUCCACCACCACGCGAGCCAUCGCCUAUGAUGCCGCAAGAGUAUGCGCCAGCACCUAUGGUCCGUGGAAACAGUUCAGGAUAUCGCGGGCCAUCGCGAGGUCCUUCUCCGUUACACAUGCAAGAUCGACCUCCGGCACCCAUGCAGCACAGUGGCUAUUCACCCUACCGCCCCUCGUCUCGUGAGCCGUCUCCGUUGCAGAUGGAAGAAGAGCGGGAGAAUUCUCCGCCCCCUCCGCCGCCCCCUCCGCAUCGGGUAGCCAUAAGCCGCGGGGAUUCUCGUUCUCCUGGGCCCCCGAUGCAUUCCCAUACACGCAGUCCUUCGCCACGGCCUCAUAUGUAUCAGCCGCGCAGCCACUCGCCGCAGCCACCGGUACAUUCAUCCCACCACCGGGCAGUUUCUCCUCAACCCCCAAUGCAUCAAUUCCGCAGCCGCUCGCCGCAACCACCAAUGCAUGCAUCUCAUCAUCGAGCAAUUUCACCACAACCCUCAAUGCAUCACUCGCGGAGUCCCUCGCCACAGCCACCCAUGCACAAUUCCCAGCGACGUACCCCUUCACCCCAGCCAACUUCUCGCUCACGGCAAUCGCGCUCACCUGCUCCUUUGCCAAUGAAUGACCGCUACGUGAUAUUUGACCGGACUCCAUCCCCAUCCGCAGCCUCAACGCGCUCGGCACUUUCUGCAACUUCAGGGCAAUCCGAAAUGCAUGGAAACACUCCUUCCCCGCUUCGAGAUGCCAUGGAGGACGUGAUGACUUCAUUGGAGGAUAUGGGAAUCCCACGUGGAGCCCAGUCUCCGUCUCCUGCGCCCCAAUUCAAUGAUCCCUGGGCGCCAGAAGCAUUCGAUACGUCAAAUGAAAGGACACCUCAGCCUAGCAAACGCCGACCUUUAACAUCAAUGGGCUUCGAUGGAUAUAAAGCACAGUCACAAGGCGGGCUUGCCCACAGAAACAGCGUGUAUAGCCAUGAUCAUUACACAGAUGGUCCACCCCAGCUUAACAAUUAUGUGCAAAGGAUGGAGAGCCGCUUGCGCCAGCUAGAAGACCAGAACCGGUCAUCUGAUGAGCCAAAGCCGGCCCCCGAGGACGAUGACGGACCUCCUCCGCCACCUCCGAAACAUGCUACCUACCACCCUCGAAACAAUUCUCUGCCAGGAGGACAUCAUCCGCACUUGAACAGUCGUCGAUCCGGUCACAAUGUUCGAGGAGACAUUCUCAAUCGCUCGUUUACAAAUAAGUCCAGUGCCACGAACUCAUCCAGCGGAGUUCAAAGCAAUGGCACAUCCAUGACCAAUAGCACAGAUAAGACCGGUCAAAGCGUUAUGAGUGGGUUUUCCGCAGGAGGAUUCAGUGCGACGAGCGCUGGGAGUUUUGCCCGACGAGGGGGCCAUGAACGACCAAACACAGCCAUGGACACUAUACGUUCUCGGGGGUUCAGUGAUGCUCGCCCAGAAUCGCCGUUUACUGGUGUUUCCUACCACUCCAGUCAUAAUUCAUCCCGACAGGGUGCCUCGUCAGCUAUUCCUUGGUCGUCAACGGUUGAUCAGACCGAUCACAGUGCAAUCUUUGGUGGCUUGUCUACACCGAAGACCAAGAAGCAAGGUUUCUUUAAAAAGAUAUUUGAGACCGCCAAGACUGGUGCGGCCAGCGCGAGAAGUAGCAUCUCGGCCCAUGGUGAUAGAUCUGGAUCCCCAAACAAGAACCAGAGAAGCAUAGACGUUGUGUCCCCUCUUCUCACAUCCCAAUCAAACCGAGAGAGUGCUCGCGAUAUGCCAGGGACUAGCACCCUUGACUGGGUUCAGGUUCGCCGAGACGUCAACCGUGCCUCGUCUCCUAGCCGGAAUGAAAGAGUCGAAAGAGCGGAGCGUUGUCAAAUGCAUGAUCAUCCGGUGGUUUACUCUGUUGAGGAGCUAUACGAUACUGCGGACGGCGAGGAAAGCAUUGAUGGGCAGCCGAUUACUGAGCCCACCAAUUUCAACGCAGCCAACCUCACACUAGUCGACAAGAGCGCUCGCUUCAUCAGCAGUCUCCCACCAUUGACUAACCCCAUGAGCCUUGCGCAGGCGUACAUCUGUCGGCCAUACAAAAGUGAUGUGCAACGUCUACGAGCCAUAUUCACGUGGGUCAGUGAGAAGAUCGCAUGGGAGGAGCCAGUUGACGGCCUCGAAGUCGACAUGAAAAGACUACUGCAAGCCAAACGUGGAACUCCAGAAGAGAUCGCGCUAUUAGUCCAUGAAAUGUGUGCGGCUGUUGGCCUCCACACAGAAGUCAUUCACGGAUUCCUCAAAGGCCCCGGAGACGUCCUCGAUUUGGACAGCCUUUCCCGUCCAAACCACUGGUGGAACUCAGUCUUAGUUGACGGCGAAUGGCGCUUCAUGGAUUGUGCACUUGCCAAUCCCACAAAUCCCACCAGAAGCAAGUUCGUCACCAAUAACUCCUCUAUAGCAGAGAGCUGGUACUUCCUCGCGCGCCCUCUUGAGCUUUGUUACACCCACGUCCCACAAUAUCCGGAUGAGCAACACAUUUGUCCCCCAAUCUCACCAGAUGUGUUGCUUUCGUUGCCCACGGUGUGCCCACCCUUCUUCAAGCUCAAUGUGCAACUACCGGAUUAUGACACUAGCCUCCUCCGCAUCGAGGGGCUAGAAGUGAUGCAAAUCCGCAUGGUAAUACCACACGAUGUUGAAUGUGCCGCGGAGGUCGAAGCUCCUGGCUUCGCUCGUGAUGCAGAUGGUGAUUGCUUCGAGAGCGGAGACAUCGUACGAAAGCGCGCAUUGGUACAGCCUGAUUGGUUCCGAGGCCAGAAGCGGAUCACCAUCAAGGCGGUCCUUCCAGGUGAUGAGGGCCAGGGUGUACUGAAGGUAUACGCUGGCAAGAAGGGCCUAAUGCACAGUAGCCGGGAUAUCCCCCAUCCCCUUGCAUUGGCCCUGCCCAUGCUACACACUGGCGAGAAUCCCUCUUACGAUUUUGUGCUCCGUCAUCCCACGCCGCACGCUCAAAAACAUGAUCUGUACAUCAUGCAACCGCAGUGCUCUCGCCUCGCAGUAAACAACACAUUCGUGUUUGCUGUGCGACAACAUCCUGCGGCGCCAGGCUCCGCUCAGGAUGACAAAACGUCAAACGGCCGUGGAUCGCCUGUAUCUGUCUUCAACCGCCCGUCUAGUGCCUUGAGUAUGGUAUCCAGUACCGCAGGCGGAUCGACUGUCUCCGGAGCCUCGAAUGAAUUCUCUGCAUCAACCUCGGCAAUCUCGUCAACCAAGUCCACCUCUGGUCGGGACAAGGCGGCUAAAUUGGCCAUUCAGUCUCCUUCGGGCAAGAUUCUUCGUCUCACCCGCAAGGCCGAGCAUAUGAUCGGUGGUGAUACGGGCACUGAGUCAGUUACUGAUGCAGCUGCCGAGGGAAGUGUAUGGGAGACCGUCAUCAAGAUCGGCGAACGCGGCAUGUGGCGCGGCCUCGUACUCGCCGACCGAGCUGCGCGGUGGUGUGUUUUUUGCGAGUGGGAAUGUGUUUGA